GACAUCUGCAUCACGGAGCAAAAGCGGCCAAGUUCCCUCCGAUGAUUUCUUGCUUCGCCGGCUAACCGGGGCCCGAAUAUCAUACCGGCAUUUACUUUCACUCUCCGUGCUUUCGCAGGACAGUUCACCCGAAGAAAGAAGGUUGCCGCACGACAGCCACCGAAAAUGCUCACAUGUCCAAUAUAGGCAAAAGCCCGUAUGACCUCCCUUCACCAUAGCAACGCGCUUGUAUUCUUAUUUUGUUCUGUUUUACUCGUGGCAGAGAGCUACGAACAAUCCUGCGGCUGGGGUGGAUGUUUCAGACGUCCCCAGGCCCUCAGACCGCCUGCCCCGCCCCUUCCCUUCCUCUUCCCUAACCUACCGUACUUGUACGGCUACGGUAUGAUAUCUCUUUUUCCCUGCGUGCCGCUUCGCUAAGUUACAACUCAUGAAGUUUUCAAAGUCAAGUUGGCUAGCCAGGUACAGUGGUACUGUGGCAGCCAACUGGUGCGAAUUGAACUGGACUGGCUGGGGUUACGGUCGUAGAAGCUACGCGAUAUGAUACGAUCCCGGAUUGUGAUAUCUUCCGUUGCUUUGAUUACGAUCCGUUUCUCUUUUUGAGGAAUGAAUACCAACCUGCUGUGCGAUAAUGUGAUACAGAACUGUAAGCAAAGCCAUCGCUAGAUCGGCACCUUUCUUCGGACGGAAGAUACCAGGUUCCAGUGUGACAGGAUGCGCUCAUAGCAACCAACCCCGUGAGCUCAUUGCGAAGACUAAGGAGCCCUUUGUAACUUGCGCGAACAAUUCCUUUUUAUUUGUUGAAAUUAUAUCUUUCCCAAUUGCUGGUAAAUAU